AUGGAUAGGACUAUCAAUGGCAUCACCAACAGCGCGUCAGCCGUCUCAAUCACCAACAAACCCGACAACUACACGUCGCCCGAGAACGCCAGCACCCUGGCCAACUUCUUCGCCGACAAGGAGCUGAGCGCCGAGGUCAUCUUCCAGAACGGCGUCGAGCGCAUCAGCGCCCCGUGUGUGAUGCCGAUGCUCCGGCGCGUCGGGCUGCACCUGCCCAUCCGCAAGAAGACAGCCAUCCUUGACAUGGCGUGCGGUACCGGCGGCGUCACCAAAGUCAUUCACGAGCUCCUCAAGGCCACUGACUCACAGGAGUACGUGACAAUCACCUGCGUCGACAUCAACACCAAGGUCAUUGAGCAUUUGCAGAAGCGCAUCAAGAGCGAGGGCUGGCCGAACACGACAGCCAUGGCAGGCGAUGCCACAUCCAUCAACUUGCCCUCGGAUACCUUCGACAUUGUGGUUGUCGGCCUCGCCAUCUCGCUGAUGAACCCCAUGAUGUCUGCUAUUCUCGAAUUCCAGCGCGUGGUCAAACCCGGGGGCGUCGUCGCCGGGACGUUGCUUUCCCGCGAGGGCGCCAUCGAUGAGAUCUACGAGGCCCUCUCUGCCCUGCCCGCCCCGGGGCUCCCGUGGUUCCGCACCUCGGAGGAGUUCGUCAUCUGGUACGGCUCGGGAUUCGUAAACCGCGCCGACUUCGUCGCCCACCUCUUCAACUGCGCCGGCUACAGCGAAGUGAAUGCCACGUACGAGGAGGGCUGGGUGCGCGCCGCCGACGGCGAGGACUUUUGCCAACUGUGCGCCGGCCACAUCGUCUGCGUCCCCGAGGCCCUGUGGUCGCCGGCCUUGCGGGCCAAGCAUCGCAAGUUACUCCAGGAAACGAUCCGCGACGGGCUGGACAAGAAGUAUGGCAAGAGGCCCUUCUUCUUUGAGAGGACGAGCGUGCUUGUGAGCGGGAGGAAGCCCUUGUAG